CCAAGAGUGGCGAGAGAAGAAAGAAGACGCUGAGCUGGGGGGGACCAGGAUGCCUGACCGGGACAGCUAUGCCAACGGCACUGGGAGCAGCGGUGGAGGCCCUGGAGGUGGUAGCAGUGAGGAGGCCAGUGGAGCAGGGACAGGCAGUGGGGGGGCCACCUCAGAUGCCAUCUGUAGAGACUUCCUGAGGAAUGUCUGCAAGCGAGGCAAGCGUUGUCGAUACCGCCACCCAGACAUGAGUGAGGUAUCCAAUUUGGGGGUAAGCAAAAACGAAUUUAUCUUCUGCCAUGACUUCCAAAACAAGGAGUGUAGCCGCCCCAACUGCCGCUUCAUCCAUGGCUCCAAGGAGGAUGAGGAUGGCUAUAAGAAGACAGGAGAGCUGCCUCCUCGGCUGAGGCAGAAAGUGGCAGCUGGGCUGGGUCUCUCACCUGCUGACCUACCCAAUGGUAAGGAGGAGGUCCCUAUCUGCCGUGACUUCCUCAAAGGUGACUGUCAGAGAGGAACCAAGUGCAAGUUUCGUCACCUGCAAAGAGAUUUUGAGUUUGAGGCUCGAGGUGGAGGAGGCCCUGGAGGUGGAGGCUCGACAGGCUCUGCUCCCCCAGGGCGACGGCAUGAUCUCUACGACAUCUAUGACCUUCCGGAAAGGGGCUUUGAGGACCAUGAACCGGGCCCUAAGCGCCGGAGAGGUGGCUGCUGCCCUCCUGAUGGCCCCCAUUUUGAGUCCUAUGAAUGUAACUUGGCUCCGCUCCGUGGAGUGGAGUGCAGACUGCUCGAGGAGGAGAAUGCUCUGCUCAGGAAACGUGUGGAAGAACUGAAGAAGCAGGUCAGCAACCUGCUGGCCACCAAUGAGGUACUUCUGGAGCAGAACGCCCAAUUCCGAAAUCAGGCCAAGGUCAUGACCCUGAGCUCCACUGCACCCGCGACUGAGCAGACCCUGGCCCCCACCGUGGGCACCGUGGCCACUUUUAACCACGGCAUUGCCCAGACUCACACUACUCUGAGCAGCCAGGCUCUACAGCCUCGGCCUGUGUCCCAGCAAGAACUUGUGGCUCCUGCUGGAGCACCAGCUGCUCCCCCAACUAAUGCUGCACCUCCUGCUGCUCCACCACCCCCACCUCCACACCUGAACCCAGAGAUCACACCACUGUCAGCCGCUCUGGCUCAAACCAUUGCCCAGGGGAUGGCACCCCCACCUGUGUCCAUGGCCCCUGUAGCUGUAUCUGUGGCCCCUGUGGCUCCUGUGGCUGUGUCCAUGGCUCAGCCCUUAGCAGGAAUCACAAUGAGCCACACUACUACUCCUAUGGUGACGUACCCCAUUGCCUCCCAGAGCAUGCGCAUCACAGCCAUGCCACACUGACAGGACUAAUGGAUACUCUACUCCCUGUCGUAGCACCUGAGGGCUGGGGUCAAGGGGCCCUUCCCCACCUGCAUAUCCCAGCCCUCCCAGGCUCUGUCCAGAGGACCACUCAGAAACUAGGACAAGAGACUACAAGGAAUAUACUUGGUAGGAGCGUCUCCUGAGGCAGGGUUGUGCUGGUGUGUUCUCCCCACUCUUGAGAAGGGUCGUCUCCUUCAGGCCUCAACUCAGACAGGCUUGCACAGGAGUUGAGACUGAAGCCAGCAGAAAGGACUAAGGGACUGUGUUUUCUCACAGGAAGUUGGGGGGUGUCCCUGGUCUUGUUUUCAUUGUGAACAGCACAGAUUCCAGCACUGAUAUGGGAGAGAAAAAUUCCUCACCCAGAGAGAGCCAGGAAAGAUGGAGAAGUGAAAGUCAGUGGUCAGGAGCAAAGACCGCACGUGAGCCUUCAGAUGGUUUGGGGCCCAAAAAUACUCCUGGGCCCCUGGGGAGGCCGGGACCAUAGUACUCCAACCCAGAGUAGGAGAACACUCACUUACCUCGCUUGGCCUGGAAAUCUGUAGGGUAGUGCCCACUACUUUCCAAAGAAAUAAAAGAACGUUAUUUUUUAACAAAAGUGAAAA